AUGACUAGUCCAAAAUACAAUUGUCUUACCCAGGAACAAGUAGACCAUUUCCUCGAGAAGGGGUAUGUGGUGAUCCAUGAUGCGUUCUCCAAAGAACAUGCUGCCUGGAUGUUGAAAGACGUCUGGGUGAGACUGGGUCUUGAUCCCAAUAAUAGAGAGUCUUGGACUAAGCCGAGAAUCCACAUGCCUAAACAGCGGUCGAUUCUCGUCAGCGAAUUCGCUCCCAAGGCUUGGGAUGCGAUUAAAGAUCUGUUAGGAGGUGAUGAGAAUAUUGCCGAUGCCGGUAAAUACUGGAACGACAGUUUAAUCGUGAAUUUCGGAAGAGACCAGUUCGAGCCACAUCUUGUGUCCGGAGAUCCAAAGCAACUCGAUAAUUGGCACACCGACGGCAACUUUUUCCGUCAUUUCUUGGAUUCUCCUGAACAAGCUCUGUUGGUGAUCCCCAUUUUCUCCGACGAGAUCAAACCUAAAGGAGGUGCCACAUAUAUUGCACCUGACUCGAUUCCCCACAUUGCCAAACUAUUGGACGACCAUCCCGAGGGUCUAUUACCUGGUAAGCCUUUUAACUAUCCAGAACUGGUCAACAAAUGUAAUGAGUUCGUCGAGGUCACCGGUAAAGUAGGCGAUGUCGUUCUCAUGCACCCAUUCAUGAUGCACUCAGCAUCCCCCAACCAAUUGCGCAUUCCCCGAUUCAUUACCAACCCACCAGUGAGUCUGAAGACCCCUUUCCGUUUCGACAGACCCCUGGAUCAACUCAACCUCGUUGAACAAAAGACACUCAAGUCGCUCGGAAAGUCGUCACCAUACCACUUCAAACCCACUGCCGACCGAGUCAUCUUCCCCAGCGAACAGCACGACAUGUGGAUCCGCAUGCAAAACGAAGAAAAGCAGCGACUCAAGGACUACGGCACCCUCGAAUCUUUCACCGCCAUUGGCGUCAAGCCCUAA